AGACGUCACCCGCAAUGGCGAUCCCUUCCCCUUCAAGUCCCACGCCUCCCGACCUCGCUGAGGUUUUGGGCCGUCUAGGGCUGACCGAGUACCUUCACGUCCUGUCGGACAACGGGUUCCACAGCUGGACGGCCGUGGUAGACAUCACCGAAGAUGACAUGACGGCCCUCAACUUCAAGCUCGGCCACCGCAGGCUGCUGCAGCGCGAAAUCGCCACCUACCGCGGCCUGCCGCAGUCGCUCUCGCUCGAUCCAGAGUCCAAUUCCCCAGAGCCCGUUUCGCUGUCCACGUCGGCCCUCGAGAGCUUCACCAGGCAGACGACUACCCCGCCUCCGCGCGAAAAAAGGAGAUACCGGCGCCAUCCUCGGCCUGACCCCAAUGCGCCCAAGAAGCCAAAGACUGCUUAUGUCAACUUUGCUGACCAGCUCCGCACCGAUCCCGAAGUGAGCCAGCUGUCCUUUGUCGACAUUGCCCGCGAGGUCGGCCGCCGAUGGCAGGAGCUGCCUACCGAGAAGAAGCGCGUGUGGGAGAGCAAUGCCGCGCGCGCCAUGCAAGAGUUCGAGGCCCAGAUGGACGAGUACAAGAAGACGGACAGCUGGCAAAAGUACCAGGUCUACCUCAACGAGUUCAAGACGCAGCAGCUGGCCGCCUCGGCCGGCAAGUCAAGGCCCGCCAACAGCCGCUCCACCACCGACACCUCCAACAACACCAGGCCCUAUUCAAAUGCGAGUCCCAGCUCCUCAGACAGUCCCGUUUCCUUCCCGCCCAUCGCUGCCACCGGCCCGGGUGCCGAGGCGUGCCACAACGCACUAACCAUCGCCUUUAGUGAGCUGGUCGCGCUCCGCAGUGAGAUUAUCAACGGAGGCGUCCAGCAUUUUGACGAAAACCGCCUUCCGCCCCAGGACCGCGUCCGCCGGUCCAUGCAUGCCUUUAUCAGGGGAACCGGGUCGCUCCUGUUCAUGUGGACGUUUGAGCAGGUCGACGACAUAGUGGACCGAAUCUACAAGUCUCCCAAAAAGGUCGACGACAUGACGCUUGCCGAAUGCUUUACCGUCGCAGCCAUGGGCGCACACUACGAAAUUGAUGCAUUCCCGGAUUCGAUGCGACGCCUGCUGUAUGCCUCUGGAACCCUGCAUUUCAACGAACAGACUGCCAGGCAAGACAACUUCCGGACAAUGCGCCUGUUGCUCUCCUUGUCCUUCUUCUCCCUCCUCGAGAAGCACAUGAGCGCAAAAUACCUGCUUGCCGCGGGGUUACAGAUUGCCCGCUGGAAAUGUGCGCCGCCCCAAGGCCGGUCGCAGACGCUAGACGUGGGGUGGCGGAAGAUCUUUCGGAGCCUCAUCUUUAUGGAUUCGUGGCUUUCCUACACCCUCGGUUACCCGUCCGAGGUAACGGCUAAUGACACCCAGAUUGCCUGCGUUGUAGACUGGCCCGACUACCUCUCGAUCGAUGAAAUGAUUCACACGCAAACCAGCAAGAUCAAUCUAAUUGCAGCUGAAGUCGGAAAGGCGCUCGCAACCCCAGAAUUGGCUACCCAGGCAAACAUCACGCAGCUUACCCAGAAACUGGAACAAUGGCGCAAAGAGGUUCCGUACAAGUUGCAAAUUACUACACUCUUGUCUUCGGAGGGCCAGGACAUGACGAUAUUCCAAAGACGGGCCAUUUUCAUGGUACACAUCAUGUAUCUUGGCGCCCUGGUUUUGCUAUAUCGUCAGUUGCUAGUGGCUGCAGCUGGAGCCCAGCUCGUGGAUGGAGAAGCAGGCGCGUUGAACAACAUGUCGGCCGAGGCGGUCAAGAUGUAUAGGCGAGAGUGUGCAACGGCUGCGCAGAACAUUGCACGCAUGUUGGGCCUCAUCUCUUUCGACGGUACAUUGACGAGGCGCUGCUGGAUCAUUAUAUAUUGGUCCUUUUCAGCGGCUAUUUGCCUGCUCUUUAGUGCGGCAACCAAACUCAUGGAUGGUCAAACCGAAGGGGUUGAGGCAGAUCUUGCGUAUGCGAAAUCAUGCAUGGACAUGCUAGAGCCGUGCAAGCCGUGCGAGCCCGUCGCAGCACGGUACCUGAAGACACUGUGGCCACUAUACGACAACCUGCAAGAUGUGUUUCGCCGCAUGGUUGGGCGGUCCAAGAGCAGCAUCUUUGCCAUUCUGCAACAUGAUCCGAGCUUGUUGAGCCCUCCUGUGCCUGUGUCGAAGCAGGAGAUGGGGCCGAUUUCAGAGAAGCUCACGACGCUGUUUACGGACCCUUUUGGGAGAAAGCAAAACGACUUUGGGAUUGGGAGGCGUAUACUGAGUGACGAUGGGUCGCAUUCGGUCUUUUGGUUCAGAUGAAGAAGGAAAUGGUCGACGCGGACACUUUUAUCAUUUCCUCGAGCGGCUUGGGCGGCCUCUGACGGGCGGCCCCAUUUGCACUGCCACGGUCAAAGGUACACGGCGACAACAAUAAAGGCGCUUUGGCACAUGGGAUGCGCGGCUGGCAGACAUAUCCAGGCUUCCGAGACGGCAGCACCUCUGGCUCCAGUCGGCUUCUGGGACGCGGGACCUGUCGUGGUGCUGCUAUAUAUGGCAUUGACUUCAGACGGACGCGCGCCACGGACAUUCUAGCAAGGGCGCACUGACACGUUUCAGUUUGUUUACAGCUAACAGACGGGGCCCGCGGCGCGUCAUAUAAGCGGGCGUGACACGUGUGGGUGUCGGGUCGGAAGUAAUGGGUUGCAUACAGUGUAGUCUAGGGCAAAGCAGAGAGAAGGGGAGAGAGAGGGAGAGAGAGAGAGGGAGAGAGAGAGAGAGAGAGAGA